CUGGCUACAUCGAUAUCCGUUCUACACAUUCAUUGUUAGACUGGCACAGCAUGUCCGACUACGAAGAUUCUAUGGACGUGGACGCCCCGUCUAGGGCGAUCCAAUUCAGCUCCGACAAUACGAGUGGAAAGGCAAAGAGAGUGGCUGCGGAUUUGCCAGUGGAAGCUCUGGACAAUCUUCCUUGGGUCGAGAAAUACCGUCCCAACACUCUCGACGAUGUCUCCGGUCACCAGGACAUUCUCGCGACGAUCAACAAAUUCGUCGAUGCCAAUCGCCUACCACAUCUCCUUCUCUACGGGCCUCCGGGAACGGGAAAAACCUCCACAAUUCUUGCGCUCGCACGGCGGAUAUACGGGAACAAGAACAUGCGACAGAUGGUGUUGGAGUUGAACGCCAGUGACGACCGUGGUAUCGAUGUUGUUCGCGAACAGAUCAAGACGUUUGCCAGCACGAAACAAAUCUUCUCCAUGGCCCCUUCGUCUGGGAGCUCCCUCGCAUCUUACAAAUUGAUUGUGCUUGAUGAAGCCGACGCCAUGACGGCCACCGCACAGAUGGCCCUGCGUCGAAUCAUGGAGAAAUACACCGCCAACACACGAUUCUGCAUCAUCGCCAACUACACACACAAGCUGUCACCAGCGCUACUGUCCCGAUGUACCCGGUUCCGGUUCAGUCCGUUGAAGGAGCAGGAUAUCCGGGUGUUAGUGGACCAAGUGGUGGAAAAGGAGCAGGUGAACAUCCAGCCCGAGGCAGUGGACAGUCUAGUCCGAUUGAGCAAGGGUGAUAUGCGUCGUGCGUUGAACGUCCUACAAGCGUGCCACGCGAGCAGCAUACCACUCCCGAUGAAGAAUGCCCCGAAGGAUGAGCCCCGGGCGGAGGCGGAGGUGAUCACGAACGAGACGAUUUACGACUGCAUUGCGGCGCCGCAUCCGUCGGACAUUGAAGAGAUCAUGACGACGUUGUUGUCCACGAGUGAUGUGACGUCGUGUCUGAACACGGUGAAUACGCUCAAGGCGAACAAGGGUCUGGCCCUGGCGGAUAUUCUGUCGGCAUUGGGCGAACAGCUGCAACGGCUGGAGGUACCGGCGCAGACACGAGUGACCUGGUUGGAGGGAUUGGCGGAGAUUGAGUGGCGGUUGUCGGGGGGAGGAUCGGAGACGGUGCAAACGGGAGGAUUGGUGGGAGUGGUACGGAAUGGGUGUGAGUUGAUGGGAUAAUCAAAUAGUAAUAGACAAUACCAUAUACCAGCU